AUGGUCGUGAUGCGAUACUCGGUGUUCUGGGCUCUACUUCUUCUCGUCCACUCUACCUGGACAACACAGUGCUUUGCGCCAAAUGGAACAAUUGCAGACUCAAGGUUCAUACCAUGUAUUGAGAUCCCGGGUGUUCAUUCUAUGUGCUGCAGAUUGAAUGAUACGGAUCCAGACACCUGUCAAUCAAAUGGGCUCUGCUACUGGUCGUCACCGGCCAAGUACUAUCGCAACUAUUGCACGGACGAGAAAUGGGAUAGCCCGAACUGCUUGCAAAAGACAAUUUGUGUCGAAGCUGCUGGGGGGAACUCAGGCGGGGGCUCCCAGGUCACCCUUUGCCCUGGGAAUAAUGGCACCACGUACUGCUGUGGCAGUACAACCGACUGUUGCACGAACGAAGACGUUUUUACCUUGGAUCCCACUCUAGUCCGGUUGGCGUCUGACACAACUGCCACAUCUACCACCCCAAGCACGCCUACUUCCACAAGUGUGUCCAUCGCCGCCACAAGCACAUAUAUAACCAGCCCGACGACCUCAGCCUCAAAAAGCGACGACACGCGCCCAACAAACCACAUCGCGAUCGGAGUUGGUGUUGGUGUCUCGGUGGGAGUCUUCGCCGCAGUUACAAUGCUGGGAGCCGGAUUUUGGUGGGGCAAACGACAGGCAAGAGCGAGGUACCGGUCGUUUGAGCAAAAUGGCCCACAUGUACCGAUGACACUUCAGGCAGACUCGGGUGCUGCCCAUGAGAUUGGUACUUCUGCUCAGCCGAAGGGGCCCUUUGAGUUAUCGAAUCCGCGAUGA